AUGACCCUCCAACCAGAACCCUUUCUCGGAGAUCUACAUGACUGCUAUUUCGAGACAGACCCAAGGGUAAACACACACCUGGCGAAGGCGCUGAACGGGAAACAUGUUGUCGUCGCUGGGGCCGGGCGAGGUGUUGGACGGGCAUGUGCAGAGCUUCUCAGUUAUGGGAAACUUGGGUCUCUCAGCAUCGCUGCUCUAGAAUUGGAUGAAAUCACCGAAACAGCGAAGAUAUGUCAGGCCAACGAUCAAAAUCUACGGAUCAAGACUGGUGCAUUUGACGUCCAAGAUCCGGCGGCAGUGAAAGACUUUCUUGCAGAGGUUAAUGGCGAAUUUGGCGGCAUAGAUGUUGUCCUCAUGAAUGCUGGCCGACCACCUCAGUGGCUCCCAACGUCCGAAGGCGAUCCCGAGAUCUGGUGGGACACAGUGGGUGUUUCUCUCCGAGGUGCGUACAAUUUCAGCCGGUAUGCACUUCCCAUCAUGCAGAAGAAGCGUGACGGAAGGAUCAUUUUCACUUCGAGCGCCGGCGCCCACGCGAAUCAGGGAAUGGGCAGCUACAUUGCAGCCAAACUCUCGAUGGUACGGCUGGCAGAGAUCAUCCAUAUGGAGAACUUCAAGGAGUUCAACAUCAAAGCGUUCGCUAUUCAUCCUGGCGCCAUUCAGACACGAUUCUAUCACGACUUCAAAGACAAAGUCGAGGGCCGGUCAAAUGAGAGAUCCUACAUUGUAGAUGGCGCUGAGGGCGAGGACAAAUCAGCUCAAAUCGCUGUUCAUUUCCUUGACCAAGCCACCUUUGACACCCCUUAUAUGGCUGCAGGUAUGACUUCGGUUCUGUCGUCAGGGAAGUUGGAUUUCAUGUCCGGGAGAUAUGUCGAUUGCUCCACGAGAAUUGAAGAUUAUUUGAAACAGGAGGACUCCAUAAUCAAGGAUGACCUUUACCGGGUCCGUUUGAAUGCGGGCAAUGGAAGAUUGAUACCUUCCUCGGAGUUUUAG